AUGUCUCAACUAUCUAUUGUCCUAGCUCCUUUCUCUGGUGGUCAGCCUAGAAAAGGUGUCGAUCUAGGACCAAAGUUCAUGCUAAAGCAAGGUCUACCUACCCAUUUAAAAGAUUUAGGAUACCAAGUGGAAAUCAACGAACCACUAGCUGGUUUACCUGAAGCUGAAGAAGACGAUAAAUUCGGUCACAUUAAAAACCCAACGAGUGUGGGUGAUGCAACAAAAUUGAUCUAUCAAAACAAUCUAAAUGUUCUUGAUAAAGGCUCAUUCCCAUUGACUCUCGGUGGUGAUCACAGUAUUGCCAUUGGUACCGUAAGUGCAGUUCUAGAGAAACAUCCUGAUGCAGGUUUGCUGUGGAUUGAUGCACAUGCUGAUAUCAAUACUCUAGAGUCUACAGUUUCCGGUAAUUUACACGGUUGUCCAGUAUCGUUCUUAAUGGGACUCAACGAAAAUGUACCUGAAUCAUUACAGUGGGUACCUAAAAGAUUACGCCCAAAUAAGAUAGCUUACAUCGGGUUAAGAGAUGUGGAUGCAGGUGAGAAGGAAAUCAUUAGAAAAUUAGGUAUCUCCGCCUAUUCCAUGUACCACAUCGAUCGUUACGGUAUGAACAAAGUAAUCGAAAUGGCAUUAGAGGCAAUAGGGUCCGGUCCAAUUAUUCUAUCCUAUGACGUAGACGCAAUCGACCCCCAAUACGUUCCAGCAACUGGUACACCUGUUAGAGGUGGCUUAACAUUAAGAGAGGCACUUUUCCUACCGGAAAGAUUGGCUGAGACCAAAAGAUUAGUAGCUAUGGACGUUGUCGAAGUAAAUCCAAGAUUAGCAUCCAAUGACGUGCAUGUCGUCGAUACCAUUAGUGCUGGUUGCGCUGUGGCCAGAUGUGCACUAGGCGAGACAUUGCUAUAG